AUGCGUUUGCCCUCCUUCACCGCCGGCGCUGGCCGCUUCCGCGGACGUCAUUUGUCGCGCUUUUCCUGCGUCGCGCGUGAGGGAGGCACCGCGAUCGCUUUAGCGCACUCUCUCCUCGCGCGGACACCGCGCUUCUCAGCGAGCGCCGUUCCUCUUUCGGCUUCAGAAAUCCCGCGAGGCGAGUUCUGCCAACUCUGGUCGCAAGAUUCUCGCCAUCGUCUCGUUGCGGCGCCUCUCUCUGUGUCCCGUGUCUCCCUUCCAACGCUUGCGCGUCCGCUCGCUUGCUCCACUGGCACCGCCCGCGCCGCCUCGCUCUCCGCUCACCGCGGAUGUCUUCUCCCGGGGCUCGUUGCUGCUCCGUCGCGGUCGCUGCGUAGGAGCGACAGGCGCCUCCUGACCUUCGAAGCGCGACGCGCUCAGGGGCCCGAAGAGCUCCUCCGGGCAGCGCGCGGCCGCGGAGAGCCGCCGAUGGAAGACGCUGCAGAGGCGAGGAGCGCAUGCACCUCUGCGAGGCAGGCGGCACGACGCGCGCGCCCGCCCUUCGCAGGCGACGCCGAGGCUUCAGGGGUUGCUGCGUGCGCGGGUAGCCGCUGCGCGAGACUGCGCCGCCUCGCGCGAGUCAGCGAAGAAGCGCCGGUCGAGGCAUGGCUUAAAGGGCCUGCGAGGGGACGCGUCUCCCAGGUCAAGGGGAGGAGCGCGUCUGCGCGCGGAAGCCUCGAAGAGGUGCGCGACGCUCAAGGCGUCUGCGACGCGCCGCCGCCUCGCGGGACGCCUCCUGCAGGAUGUGCUCGGGCGCGUCCGGGGGGUGGCGGACCCCGCAUGCGUGCAGGCGGCGAGACAGCGCGGGAGGGCGUGCCCUCUGACCUCUGCCGACUGCCUGCGGAUGCCCUUCUCGAGCUUCUGGAGAUGCACUCGCGAGCGCUGAAGGACGCACCUGCGCGGCCGCAGCUCGGGACCGAGCUGCGGUCGCGUCAAAGAGCCACGCACGGCGGCCUUUCCUCGCGAGAAAGCGAGGAGUCUGCUUCGAUGCCCGCUACGCUUUCUUCCGGGCCCUCUCCAUCGACGCGGCGGUCGCCGUCGCCUACCCCAUGUGCAGAGUCCUCCGCACAGUUGCCAGUGCCGGCUUCCGUCUCAGAGGCGUGUGUGUCGCCUCAGUUGCUUUUCCAGGCAAUGCGUGAGCUCGCUGCGCGGUCGGCGUCGCUUUCGCUUCUUCAGCUGCUGCGCCUUUCGUGGAUUCUCGCAUCGUUGCAACUUGAUCAUGUUCCUGAUGCGGCUGCCCGCUCGCCCACCACCUCGCGCCUUUCUGCCGCUCGCACCGCUGCUGCGUCAUCGCGCUACUCCACUGCGCCCGUCUCGCUUCUGUGGGAGGCGCGCCGCGAGCUACUUCACGGGCUUUUUCGGCGACUGCAGUCCGUCGCCCUGCCCCCGUUUUCUUCCUCUUCGCAUGAGUCGAGUUUUUCUGGCUCAGCGUCUUCGGCGGCGUCCUCUGAGUCUCGCACCUCUUGCGCCUCGUCGCCUUACCAGCCUUCAGCUGUCGCGUCGCCUCCCUCCGCGGCUGCACUCGACCCCUGUUUCAAGCCUGGCGACGCGUCGUGGGCUCACCCGUCUGCAUGCACCUCUUCUCUUCCGUCUGCGCUUAUCGCCCGCAGUGUGCAAGCGCUCGCGCAGCUCUUGGAUCCGCGUAUGAAGGAACGCUUUCCACUCGUUGUUUCGCUCGUUCUCCCUCGUCUCCUGGUUCUCUUUGCGCACCAAACUGAGCGCGAAUUUCAGCUUCUGCUUCGUCGCCUGCCUCAUCGACCUGGCGUCGACCGACGGGUGUCUCCGACGACUCAGGAUUUGCCUUCGGCGCUUUCUUCGUUUCCUGCCUCCGCGUGCGAUGUUUCCUCUCCUGCAGCCCCGCAGGCUGCGAAUCAGGAAGUCGUCUAUUCGCCUCUUCCCUCUUCGUCGUCUAGCUGCUGUCGCGCGGACGCGACGACUGUCUUCAGACUGCCCAAGUCUCCUUCUGAGGCUUCCUUCUCUCUCUCGCGGCCUGGUUGUGCUGCCUCAGCUGCUUUUCCUGGUCCUGAGCCUGCUUCCCAGUGUACACCUGACGGCUCGGUUGUUAUUCUUCCUUCGCCUCUCUCCCUCUUUGCACGCGUGUUUGGCGGCGUCGCGCGGCUCAACCUUCGGCCGUCUCUUGCGUGUCUCGCCCGCUUCCCUCGCAUCGCAUUCGCAGCGCUCAGGAGUCCUCUAGAAAUAUCUUCGUCUCACACUUCCGCGCCCUCAUCUUGCGGCGCAGAUCCGGAUUUCCUCUCUUCGACCUCCUUUUCUCCCGACUCGUCUUUAUCUUCUGGCGGCUCUCUCUGCGCGUUGGGUGCGUCUGUGUUGGAUUCCGCAUCGCCUCCUUCUUCUGCGGCGUCUCUUCUCGCGUCGCCGUCGCCGUCGGCCUGGGGCUCGCGCGCGGAGACGCCUCAGCCUUCUCUGCGCGAUCUGUCUCUUCUUCUGCUUUCGUUGUCUCGACUCGACCUGACCACUCAGGCGUCGCUCCUGCUGCGCCUGGCGCUGCCUCUGCUCGCCUCACGCGUGGAGACGGCCCUGAGCAUUUUUCGUGUCGAGGCUCUGAUCCCGUUGUCUCUCCCUUCUGCAGGUCCGCCCUCGUCGGCGGACGAAGCGUUACCGCGGGACUCAUUCCACUUGGAUCUCGCGAAUCUGCUUAUGGCGUCAGCGCUACAUGCUCACCUCGCGUGCGAAGCCAGCGGUGCGAUUGCCUCGACGCGUGGGAGAUCGGCAGGGCGGAGACGGGCGGGUCGAUCUCGCGCCGGGCUGGGACGCCACCCCGCAUUCGCGGACGUCCUCACGCUGGCGCCGUCUCGCUCGGCGUCUUCUUCUUUCACGUUUGCUGCAGAUUCUUUGGCCUCGCCGUCCGCUUCUCUCUCUUCGUCUGCCGCUGCUCCCUGUCUCUGCUCGGCUGUCGAGCUGCCGCGUCCCUCGCGCGCGUUCACGCACUCGCAGGCCCCGCUUUUCCGUCCUGCUGCGGCACCGGCGCGCAGCGCGUGGACGCAGUUGGCGGUGAUGUGCCUCGACGCUUGUGCGCUUCUCGCCGUGACCGCGGAGGUUCGCGAGCUCGCCGCUGCGCAGGCUCGAAAUCUCUCUUCUUCAGCGGCCCUCUCGGCUUCACUGUCGAGCUCUGCGGACUGCGGACCGUCGGCGUGUCCACCAGUGCACAACCGAAGAGGCGGAGAGGCAAGAAAUUUGUCUGCGCGCACAACUUCCUGCAUAGGGAGACUGGGCGGUUGGGACAGCCCAGGAUCCCCUCACAGUGGUACGCGUCAGCGUCCUUCACCUUCGCCUCCUUCAUCUGCGCUCGUCGCGCCUUCACUCGAGGGAGACUCGCGUACAGAAGAGAGUCAUCCUUCGUCUUCGGAUUCUUCACUCGAGCGGCAGGUGUCAAUCUGCUGCCUGGCGUUUGCCGCUGCUCCCGCCGUAUCUCCCUCGCGCGCUUCGGGCAGACGGGCAAACGCUUCAGCUGCGGGGGGUGGGCUUCGCCGCCCUCCCCGUGACUCUUCUCGUUUCUCGUCGCUCGUGGCGUCUCAGACGAGCACCAAACGCAGCGCCGCGAGCGCGCGCCGCAGGCCACGGCGGAAAGUCCCGGCUGCUCCAUUUUCAAACCCUCUGUUGCGUUCCUGCUCGCAAGCGACACUCGCGUGGCUCGUUGGGCUCCAACGGAGACAGGGGGCCCGGCCGGAAGCCGCGGACCGCUCAGCUGAAGUUGAAGCUGUCUCCGCGCAGAGCCGACGCGGGAACGGAAGGCGAGACAAAGCGGAAGAGGGAGUGGAGGAGCGGGGGGACAAAGGCGGCACGGGAUUUGAGGCGCUGAGGCCAUCGCAGCGACGUAGCGAUGCCUCAGCGGCAGGCGGGGCAGGCGCGAGCCUCGAAGCAGGACACAGACCGAGGACAAGAGAAACAAAAGCGAAACAGAAACUAGCCGGCGGCAGGCGCUCGCGUCUGGAGGACGAGGUCAUCCAUGUCCUCCGUAGCAUUCUUCCGUUCUCGCGUCGUCAAUUCGCGCCGUCGUCGGCCCUUCGCCCGCCCGCCAUCCUUGGCCCUUCGUCCCCUGUGUCCCCUGGAGCCCAACGCGGUCGCAAAGACACGGGCGGGGCGCGCUGCGUCCGCUACGAGUCGGGGGCGUUUCUCGCGCCGGAUAUUUCGUGCAACGCAACUGUCUACCCGUACACGGUUGAUAUUCUUCUGCGCAAUGGCAGAUGCAAAGAGAAAGAACUGGGAACCGGAGCUGAAAGGUGGGGAAAGCAUAGGGCGCAGGCAAAUAGCGUCGCCGGCGCGUAG